AUAAUUUUUAUUUUCUUUCAGUUCAGCCCCUUUACAAUCAACUUUCUACAAAAACCCCAUACUUAUUCAGAAACACAAUGGAAUUACCCAUAAUAUCUCAGCAACCCUUAAUACCAGAACAACCCCCGACGACAGUUCUACAACUGCUCACAAGUUUGAGCAAAGUCGAGGUGCAUGAAAUCAUGCAACCUGUGGAGAUUUUGGCGGAUUGGGGGACCGCAAAACGAUACCAGAUUAGAAAUGAAAAUGGAGAACAGUGUUAUGAUGUGCUCGAAGAGUCCGAUGGUAGUGAAAGAAGGUUCUGUGGUUCACAACGUGGAUUUGUAAUGCAUAUUAACAAUGCAUUGAAAGCGGAAGUUCUGACCGUCAAGCGUGAGUUCCGAUGUUGUGGAGGCUGCUGCUAUGGCUGUUGUGCAUGUGUCGGUUGCUGUCAGCACGAUUGCGUCGUUGAAUCCCCAACUCUGGGGACGCUAGGUACUAUUCGCCAGCGGUUUGGAUUUCUGACUACUAGUUUUGACGUUAUGGAUGGAAAAGGGGCCCGAAUCUUCCGAAUUGAGAUUCCAUUCUGGAAGUUGAUGGGAUUUCAGGAUAAGGAGUUUUCGAUCAAAAACAUCGAUGAUGGCACAGAAAUUGGCAAGAUCAUCAGAAAGACGGCACGUUUGGCUGGCGAACCCAUCGUUUUCAAAAAAUAUACAAUAAAUUUUCCUACCGACCUGGAUGUGAAGCUCAAAGCAGUACUGAUGGGAGCAACAUUUUUGAUUGUGAAUAACUUUCUGGAGUUCCAACAAAUCCACGAUGUCGACGAAUCCACGAUCGGUUGUGGAGGUUCAUCGUAUGUCCGGUGCUGCCCCAUUUGUUAGUCACAAACAUUCUGCCUGCAAUUGUUUUUUUUUCUAUUUUUUUUACUUAAAAAUGUUGAAAUUCAAACUUUUUAUUAUUUUGUUUUUUUAUUUUAGUAAAAUCAAUAAAAAAAUGUUCUAGCACCAUCGGAAAU